AUUUCAAAUUGUAGACCUUACGUUUCACUAAAAACCGAUUGGUAGAUAAUAUUUUAAAUGGUUGAAUUAGGAGUACAUGGACCGACCUGGGUUGACAUUUUAAAAUGCUUACCCUAUAUUACACCCUACUAGAGUUUUUACUUGGCCUGUAGUCUGGAUUUUAUUGUGGUAGUUGGAGUGAGUCAAGUUUUUGGCGUUGUUGCGGUGGAAAGGUUAUUGUCUAUUAUUAAGAAAAAGUCAUUUGGUGUUAAUCUAGUCUUUAAUUUUUGCAUUAUUGAUUGUGAAUCUUGCUUGCCUUGGCUUGAGUUAUGUUUCGUGAAGUGUGUGCAGGAGGUGUAUGACCCGAAGUGAUCCAACACCUUUGGAGCCACUUGACGAAAACAUCAACCGAAUUCUCAAACUCUUGGCUCAGGAGAGGGAGUAGUGGGAAUCAAGGGAAGCAUUGGUGAAUCGGGGACAACCACACGUUGAUCCUGACGAAGAAGUUGAAGUUGGAAUAGAGGAGGAAUUUGAAUCGGAAGAAGUUGAUUUUGAGAUGGCAGAUAAUCAACAUGGCCACGAAGAGAAUGAAGAACCGAGGACCAUGGGCUACUACAUGGCUCCACGGGCGGUGGAUAUCCAACCAAGUAUCUUGCAUCCACCUGUGGCCGCCAACAAUUUCGAGAUUACGCCCUCCCUUGUUACAAUGAUCCACAACAACAUUCAGUUCCAUGGACUUAAGGAUGAGUCCCCAAUGAAGCAUGUCUAGAGAUUCCUUGAGAGAGCGGGAAGUUUGAAGAUCGAUGGGGUAUCCAAAGAGGCUCUUAAGCUGAGGCUUUUCCCCUACUCUCUUGUGGGGAAAGCGCUCCAAUGGCUCAACAAUAGGCCACCCCCUUGAUUACCUCAUGGGGCAACUUUCUCAACAAAUUCAUGACCCGAUAUUGUCCACCUUCCAAGAUGGCGGAAUGACAUAAGAAGAUUACUCACUUCGCCCAAAAGGAGGAAAAGACUAUGAGGGAUGCACGAGAGAGGUACUCUGACUUUUUCCUCCAAUGUCCACAUCGCGGGUUUGGAGAGAAGUUCCAGAUUGAAACCUUCUACGACGAUCUUCAUCGAGAAGAUAAGAUUCUUAUUGACUCUUUGUGUCAAGGGAACCUGAUGAACAAGACCCCACCCGAGAUGACCACUUUGUUUGAGGAUAUGGCGACAAAGGGGUAUGAUUAGUGUUUGACGAGACGUGGUAGAAGGAAAGUCGGUAAUGGAGUGCACUCCACGGAGGUCAAUACUUCGCUCGCCAAAAAGAUUGAUGAGUCGAUAUCAACGCUUCUAUAAGAUAAGAAGCAACGCAAGAGGUCGUUGAUGGCGUGUGACUUGCAAACAUAUCUGGGGGGGAUUAAAUAUAUGACGGGGUUACCCGAUAUUGUAAUAAUCCUUGAUCAACAAGAUUUUUUUGAUUUCUUUCAUCUAUUCCAUGAUCGAAACGUGGGAGGAUACAACACCUUGUUCUUGCUGCGUCUGGAUUUCAAACGGUUUAGAAGCAAAAGCGAUUCCCGUAGUAGUGGCGAGCAUAAUGGGAGCAGCCUAAACCGUGGACCUUUUCAUUUUUAUCAUAUUGAAAAACUAAUAAGAAUGAGGGGUGUUAAGCUUUUUAUCAUCCUGGCGUCGAGGAUCCACACAAGGAAAAGCACUUGCCAUUCGUUGGUUAUUAGGGCGCUCUUAGUUCAGUUCGCUAGAACGUGGGUCUCCAAAAUCCAAUGUCGUAGGUUCAAAUUUUCUCAAUCUUUUCGACCUCUUGGUUCCGUAGGAACAAGUCCCCCAGAUAUCGUCAUUGCUUCUUCUUUGGGAAAAGAAGUUCACGUUGGAUCUUAUUGAUAAUACAGAGAAUGGGUCUCUCAUCUUGAUAGAGAUGUGCCAAUGAUUCGUUAUUGGAGCAAAUAGCAACAACCACCAUUUCAUCUGACAUACAGAAAAAAAUUCCACGAUUGAACUACCAAAAUAAAAUAGAAUUGGAGUGGGCUAAAAAAAAUAUGAGACCUACUUUAUGCCGAUACGAACUCAAUUUAUUUUUACGGGAUAGAAAAGGAAACCCAAAGAUCCGAGAUCUCUUAUUGAAUUGCUCAUUCAAUGAGCAUUCUCAAUAUUAUGCCUACCAACGUGUUACAUAAGGCAAAUAUUGUAUAAUUGUUCGGUUUUCCCCAAUUUUUUCCAUUCCUCUGUGUAAAUAACCUAAUAUCGGUUCAUAGUUAGUGUUCAAGUCCCAAGCACGGCAUUGUAGAGUGCCAAUUGAUGAAACAAGCAAGCACUCUGGAAGAGCAAGUGAGUUUCAUCGCCAAUUCUAGGGGGACCAACAACAAUAACUCAUAUAGCAACACUUACAAUCCGGGUUGGAGCAACCAUCCCAACUUGUCAUGGUCUUCCCCAAACAAUCUAAGACCUCCUGGUUUCCAAGGACCAACACUAUCAACCAAGGGUUCUUUUCAUUCAAAAAGGCCACAAUUUCAAGGCUCGAACUUCCGACAAAAAAUAAUUUCAACCGCAAAGUGGUCAAAGGUUCCAACAACAACAACUCGAAAAGUUCACAAAACUAGAAGACGUAGCCACCACCUUUGUGAGUACAAGUUCUCAGAAGUUCAAGAAGAUUGAGCAAUUCAUGGAGGUAGAGACAAACCAUUUUACUUCGGUUGAGGCGGGUCUAAGAAUUCAUUAAACUAAUCUUUAAAAC